CCUCAAGCCGCGCAAGAGCAUUCAUCGUCCACCGAGGCCGUGAAUGGACCUGCUGCGCCCGAGAAUUGUCAUCGAUAGCCCGCACCCCCGAAUCCGGCGAAGGUUUUCUUUGCAAUCACCGCUUCAGGACGGGUGAGAUGCCGUAGCAUGCCCGUCAAUGUCCUUGUCUUCAAUCAGGCAUCCUUCUGAUACUCUCGAGAGACGCGGAUAUUACAUAUGCGCACGAUCAUCGAGUCGAGUGCUACUGGACGGUGCGAUGUAGUCUGGUUACGUAAGCAUGUAGUGGACGCGUCUGUGCGACUGGAACGGCCACCAGUACUUGCUUACAUCUGUCCUCACUCAUGGGCCCGUGCAGAAACUAACGACACGGUCAUCCAGGCCGGCAUUGCGACCCCGAGAACCCACGAACGCGAAUAGCAUACUGGGCACGGUGCUUCGAGUGUGAGGGAACGACGACGACCGUCACAGCACCCCGACUUUCGGGCUGCCUCUUCACGAUGUCAAGAGGCGACUAUACCCGUCUCCCGCUCCAUGCAUUCUCAGAGACGACUGCGCGGCGACGCUCUGAGAGCGGUGGCUCUUCGCCAACGGCCCACUACCAAGACUUCCCGGACGCCCCUCCCAAUCCUCCCCAUAAUUGGAGGCGACGAUGGUUCGCCGCAAAGCACCAGCUCCUCCGGCCACGCAUCGUGAUGACCAUGCUCAAGUUCGUCCUCCCGUGUGUGGUGCUGCUCCUCCUCGGCGGCCUGCUCGUCUGGGAGCCACACAUCGAGCUCGCGUUCUACUCGCGCGACUGGAUCCAGUCCGAGAUCGCGCCCGUCCUCCCGCUCGCGGGCUGCUUCCGCGCCGACCGCGUGUCGCCGCAGUACAACGUCUCCGAGGCUGUCUUCGGGCUCCGGCUCACGGAGGUGCACGCGGGGCUCCCGCUGCGGCUCGGCAUGGAUUGCUACGACUUCGCUGGGACGAUCCAGGGCCCGCGCCCCGUCGACGCGCUGGCCAGCGAGCCCCGCACCUACUACCACACGUACUGGCGCACGGACCUCGCCGCGUUCGGCCCGCGCCAGGAGUGGAUGCUCAAGUCGUUCUUCGCGACGCAGGACACGGACCACGCGACGCUCGUGCUCUGGUCGAACGGCGACCUCUCGGGCAACGCGAUCCUCGCGCAGUGGCGGCAGCGCUUUCCGGAGGCGUUCGAGUUGAGGGUGGUGGACUACGAUGAGCUCGCGCACGGGACAUCGCUGGAGGGCAGCGACCUGCUGCGUGUGAAGGACACGCGUGCGUGGAUCGACGGUGACCUGGUGAGGUUGCUCGUGCUGUGGGCAUUCGGAGGAGUAUGGGUGGAUAUGGACUCGCUGCUCACUCGGGACCUCGCUCCCUUGCUAGAGCACGAGUUCGUGACACAGUGGGAUUGCUAUGACAAAAUCUACAUGCCUUUCAAUGGCGCGCUCAUGCGCUUCCGACAACACUCGGCUUAUCUGUGCGAGGCCUUCCACAUCAUGGCGACGUCCCAGCCGCCCCGCAAAGGGUCGACGGACUGGGGCGCACUCCUCUACCUUAAGCUCUGGCGGCGGCUCGUAGCUGCCGGCGUCCCUCCGCCCAAGGUCCUGCCCUUCUGCUUCUCCGACGCACGUUCAUGUAGGCUCGACAACCGACUGCCCGAUCCCUUCACACCGGAUCCGAAGAAUGGACAGUGGACGAUGGGGCUGGACCGCGAGGAGGGCGGCGGGCUGGAUAGGGCACUGAGGCACGUCUUCUCAGUGCAUCUUCACAACCAGUGGGAAAAGGCAUAUCCCACAGAUGGCUGGGUGGAGCGAUUGCUUCUUAAACGUUAUGAGGAGGCUCUGAUAGAGACUGAAUAUUGACGACCUUCGGAACGUGCUGGUUGAUGGGACUAGGGACAGGGCCCAUGCACGGUUGUAACUUAUUGCUGUCGGUCAUACUGUAUGUUGCUGCUAACC